UGGUUUCUCAUCAGGUGUGCCAACCCUUCCCCUUUCAGCCGCCCGGUUGGCCUGACUGUCCGUCCAAACCACAGCGUCUGCGUUUGUGUCAACCUUCCCGAGUGUCCUUAGCAAGUCACAGGCAGCUCCAGGCUAGCUGCAGCACGUCAGAUUUCUUGCCCGGUAGCAGCAUCGGUAGACAAAGCGAGCUACAGUUAGUGCAGAGGUAAAGGUGAGAGCAGGUGUGGGUCUGUAGGAAAGCAGGAAGGCUUUCUCAGCUCUGCUCGCAAGAGUUCAGCUCCCUCACCCCUCCAUUUCCAUGGGGAAACAGAAAGUUAAUGAAAGAUCAGAAAGUGUUUGCAGGAGAUCCUUUCUUCUAGAAACCUGUGAUAUUAAGCAAAGAUGCUUUAAGUUAUAUUCAACUUUACUGUUCCCAUAACUCACUGUAAGUCCAGGAAUGUUUUAUUUUCACAUGUAACUUGCUCCUUUUUUUUGCAGUUAAAGCCAUGGCACUGAAGCAAGUUUCCAGCAACAAAUGCUUUGAGGGUUUCCAGAAGGUGUUUGAACAUGACAGUGCGGAGCUAAAAUGCAAAAUGAAAUUUGGAAUCUACCUGCCUCCAAAAGCAGAAACCGGGAAGUGUCCUGUGCUGUAUUGGCUCUCGGGGUUAACUUGCACGGAACAGAAUUUUAUAACGAAAGCUGGUUUUCAUCAAGCUGCAGCUGAACAUGGCCUUAUUGUAGUCGCACCAGACACAAGCCCACGUGGCUGCAAUAUUGAAGGAGAAGAUGAAAGCUGGGAUUUUGGCACCGGUGCUGGUUUUUAUGUGGAUGCAACUGAAGAUCCUUGGAAAACAAACUAUAGGAUGUAUUCUUACAUAAAGGAUGAGCUGCCUAAACUAAUAAAUGCCAAUUUUCCAACUGAUCCUGAACGGAUGUCUAUUUUUGGGCAUUCCAUGGGAGGUCAUGGAGCUCUUAUUCUUGCUCUGAAGAAUCCUGGAAAGUACAAAUCUGUGUCGGCAUUUGCUCCUAUCUGCAACCCUAUUCAGUGUGAGUGGGGGAAGAAAGCCCUUGGUGGAUAUCUGGGAUCAGAUGUAAGCAAAUGGGAGGCAUACGAUGCUACACAACUUGUGAAGUCCUAUCCAAACUCUCACCUGGACAUACUGAUUGAUCAAGGCAAAGACGACCAGUUUCUAUCCGCAGGCCAGUUACUGCCUGAUAACUUCAUCGCUGCCUGCACAGAGCAGAAAAUCCCAGUUGUCUUUAGGCUGCAGCAGGGUUAUGAUCACAGCUAUUUUUUUAUUGCUACAUUUAUUAAUGACCACAUCAAACACCAUGCAAAAUACCUCAAUGCUUGAACCAUUUGGAUGCAAGCGUCAUCUGUCCAAUAUGAAUCAAGGGAUAGAGGUGAACUAAACAAAAAAUUAUUUGCUGACAUAGUGUCUGUAAAAUGGAGCUCUUCUCACUGUACUGCUAAGAAAAAUAAAAGUCCCACUUAAUUUGAUAUGUGUGCUUUAGAGUAAGUAUUUUGGAUGUUCUUGUAUGCUUCAAAAAGUCUCUCGACACUGUGAAGGUGCCUGCUGCAUUCUAGGUCAAAAUGCAAAUGAGCAGAUGAGUGAGUUUCAGAUUAUGAAUAUGGGUAUGUACUUGGCACCUCAAGAUGGUUUCUAGUGCAACUACGCAGACACUAUGAGUAACAACAGCAUGCCUCUUCAGCUAAUUAAAUACCAGGGUCCACUUUGUCACUUAAUGCUGAAGGAAGUUGUUAGUGGCACAACCAAUCAAGCUACUUAAUAUCUGAAGUAGUUGGUGUGUUUUUUCCUUGGCCUGUCUAAAUACAUUCCAAGGACAAAGUCUGUUGGAGAAUACAGACAGAAGUUUGCUGUGCAGAGUGGUUUACUGUGUGUUAUUAACAUCAAAAAAGUAAUGAUCUGAGGAGUAUUUAAUGGAUGAUACUUAAAGAUCUUAAAACCCAUGUGAAGGAAGCAGUCUGUA